UCUCUCUCUCUCUCUUCAGCGUCCUUCUCCCUCUCCCUCUCCCUCUCCCUCACCCUCACCGCCGCUCCUCUUCCCUCCACUCUCACCGGCGCUCCUCCUCGCGUUGGCCGGCAACCGGAGCACCGAUUCACCUCCUUGUUGGUCACCGUCGCCUGAGAUCCUCUCUCUCCCUCUCGGCUCUAUUUUUCUGUCUCACAAAAACCCAUACAGCUUCACAUACACGCACACACAUGGGUUCUUCAAAUAGGUAACAAGAGAGACAGAGUCGUGUUGCCAUUGUUGUUAAGGCUACAGGUGAAAGCUCUGAAUCUUCGACUUCUCUGAGUGUUGUUAAAUCCGUACAAAAUGUUAUUAGGGGAUUGGUGGAUUGGCUUCCGAAUUCUCAGUAUCCCAAAUCCUUUAUGUGUUGAAGCCAAUAAAAUAUGUAGGCAUUGAAGUUUGGCAAGUAAGACUCUUGACUCUCUAUACUGAAUGGUUGUUGCUUCUCAUCUCAUGUUUAACUAUCUUUACCAAACAGAAUGAAGGAUCUGAUCAUGUUAAUCAAGUCUUCCCCCUUUGCGGAAGUUCAAAGCAUUUUUAUAUACUGCAAAUUUCAGUAUGAAACUGAUUUCAUAAGCAAAUACUUAAGCGACAACAAUAUUGAAGCAAUGGUUAGCCUCUCAUAUACUUUCUUGAUUCAGUUGAAUCAUACAUGGUUUCUUACAUAUGAAACUAAUUUAUUCUUUACUGUAACUUAUUUGAACUUCUCAAAAAAAAAAUAAUAAUAAUAAAUAAAGAGUUACCACAGUGGUAUACCCUCAAAGGAUCGAAGUCGUAUUUAGGAAUCAUUUUGUUCCAACAAGAUAAGAGUGGUAAGAAAUUGUUCUGGUUCACUUUGGCUUUGAAACUUAUUUUCAUUUCUAAUUAUGUAGUAAGAUGUCAUGACAUAUGGCUAAUUCAUGUACUUGAAUUAUUUUCUGGAAGGUUGUUGCAACUGUGGCAUUUGGCAUGGGGCUUGACAAGAUUAUUUUAUUUUAUUUUUCUGCACCCCCCCUAACAUAAUUAAUUGAUGCUCAAAUGUAGUUAUUAAAAAGUUGGACAGUCAGGUUUCUCUACCAACAGCAGGGUAAUCAUAUCACAUGAAUCAUGUUGAUAUCUUGGUAUGAAUUUUUAUAAUGCUUUCAUGUAAAAGCAGCACUAAGCAACAUUAUUUGUUAUGAGAUAUCUUGUUGUCACAUAUACACACAUCUAGCAUGGCACUGCAUUGUAGAAAUUGUACUGAAGCUUUCUAAAUGCUUCUAUCUCAGGUUAUCCAUUACACUUUACCAGAAAGCUUGGAAGAGUAUGUUCAGGAGAUUGGACGUGCUGAACUCGAUGGUAGAUUAUCUUAUUGCCAUCUCUUUUUUAAUGAUAGCACAUAUUUUAAAAUUCGUAGUCUAACAUACAGUGAUGGUGUAGAUGAAUAUGCAGUCAGCAGAUUUCUCUCUGAAGUUUUUACUAAUGAAUUGGAUUCACAUGGGAAAAUUUGCUCUUUAGUCAAAGAGCCUGCAUCGCGUAAAUUUGAUAUGAAAGAAGAGGUGAUGCUGACCAUUCUAACACAUUUGGAGUUGGGUGAAGUGCAGUACUUGAGUUUGCUUCCACAAACAAAUGUAACCUGCACCAUAAAUUUCCAUCAGAGAUGGGGCACAAAGCAUGAGAAGUUCCCUUGGACAGGGCAGUGCCUCUGCAUCAUCCUCUGUGGACUUGGGCUCAGCUAGGCAAACAGAGACUCGUGUACAGCGGUAGUUAAGUGGCAAGAAAUCUGACAUUGAAACUUACAGGUCUGACAUAAACACAAAGCACCAACGCACAGGGUCAUCUUUGUCUGGAACUUGGAAUCAAACUUCCCAAGGUUUGGGUUUUGUAACAGGCAUUAAUGAAGAAAAUUUUGAGGUUACUGUUGCCCAUGUUGAAAAUGAGGUUGGAGGUGUAACAAAUGUGGCUCCUGAAGAACAAUUGUGGGAUUCAGAAAGUGCAGGAAUAGAUGAUACAUGCACUGAAGUUGUAUGCAACAAUUAUGAUGGAACAAUGGUUGACCCUACAUCAGAAUUGUUGACCAAUACUUUAAAUGUCUAUUCAGGAGACAGUUCAGUUGCUUCUUUUUCAAAUGUGGAAGUUUCUGCUUCUUUUGGGAACGGUGAAGACUUCCAAAAUGCAAGGAGUAUCUCAGAUCGAGAAGAGCGUUCUACAUUAGAGGAAGAUACAUUGCCAAAUUCUGUUGUUGAUAGGGUGAAUGUUGUAGAGGUUCCCAAUCAGAGCUCAUUGGAUACAAUAUCAGAAAUAGAAACUGAAAAUGGUCAUCUGGGUAUGCCUGGUUCUGAGUCUGAUGUUGGUUCCCCAGAUACAAGGAGCACCAUAGAUGAGUUACCAGAGCCUUCUGUUGCUACUGCAUUUGAUAAGGAUAUAACUGCUUCAGUUGCAGAGCAUGACACCUCGAAUGGUUGGAACUAAAAUGUGUAGUGGGAGUAGUGGGUUAUUCCUGUAUUAUGUAUGAAAUUAAAUUAUUGACGUUGGAUUAGACUUGGUUCUUAUGGAAUUUGUAAUAUAUAUAUAUAUAUAUAAGAUUGGACGUUCAAUAUUAAUUUUUUGGAUGGUUGGAA